AUGACCGGGAAACCUACAGAAGUAAGAAUGGGAAGAGUAAAAGGAAAUCGUACGAGUUGGAUUGCUCGUGUGUACACGGGACAAAUCCUAUUUGAAAUGGAUGGUGUGAGUUUGUCGUAUGUUCAAUGA